CGCACGUGAUGUUUCGCUCUCGACUAGCUUCCUGGUUUCCAGCUGCCCUACAUUCAUAGUAUGCAGAAGUGAAUUUCCAGAUUUGUUACUAAACAUAAACUGUUUGUUGAUGGUUAUUGUGACCGAGAUGAAGUAUUUGGGGUUCGUUUUGUGCCUGUGUGUCGGUGCGUUGGGAGGGAAAUAUUCACGCGAAAUUAAUGAACAGGAUGCCUCUGUAGAUGGAAAGAAUCCGAUAGAAUUCCGAAUUGCAAAACUGAAUCAGGUCUGGGAGAAAGCUAUCCGGAUGCAAAUGCCGCCGGUACGACAGGCCGAGCUCCACAGCGAUCUGAAGAUCCAGGAGAAGGACGAGCUUCAGUGGAAGAAGCACAAAGCCGAGGGGUUGGACGAGAACGGAGAGAGAGAGGCAAAGCUACGGCGAAAUUUUAACGUAAUUCUUGCUAAGUAUGGCAUGGAUGGUAAAAAAGACACCAGGACAUUGGAGAACAACAACUUGAAGGACCAUGACAUUAGAGAGGGAGAUGUGUUUGAAGACCCAAGGCUGGACAAACUGUGGAACAAAGCAAAAUCAUCUGGAAAGUUCUCUGAAGAUGAGCUCCAAAGUUUACGCAGAGAGUUCCAGCAUCACAAGGACAAGAUCCACGACUACAACAUCUUUAUGGAUACUGUCACCAGGACUGAAGAGAUACAUAAGAACGUUAUCUCACCCCUGGAGGGGGACGUGAAGGAGCAUGCGGUGCAUCAAAAGCACACAGAGCUGAAACAGAAAAUGAGAGAGCUGAACAACGGCUUUGAGCGCCUGCGCAAGAUCAGCCACGAGGGCUUCAGUGAAGACAGCGAGUUCCGGGAGCCCAGAGUUAUUGAGCUGUGGGAGAUGGCAAGGACAGCCAAUCUCACGGAAGAUGAACUGGACUCACUGAAGGAAGAGCUGAAACACUUUGAGACAAAGGUGGAGAAGCACCAGCAUUACCAGGAGCAGCUAGAGCUCUCCCACCAGAAGCUCCAGCAUGUGGAGGCGCUGGGGGACAAGGAGCACAUCAUGCGCAACAAGGAGAAGUACAACUCCCUCGCCGAGAAGACCAGGGAGAUGGGCUACAAGAUGAAGAAACACAUGCAGGACUUGACCAAUAAGAUCUCCCCCGAUGGUCUCCCGCACAACGAACUUUAAGCUCCCUUUUGUUUUCUGUUUCCAUGGCAACAGAAGAGUUGACUCAUUUUUCUCCGCAUCUGUAAUUAUUUUUCCGCCUUUAUGUACAUAGCUCAUCUGAAAUGUAAAGAUUUUCCACUUUUAUAGAGAAAUGAUUCAGUGGUAUUUUAUAGUCAUCAUUCUGUUGUUAUGCCAUUGUUGCCUGUCAAAACAUAAGGGUGUGUCUGUGACAUUCUUUUUGUCGUCCAGAAAGUCAUUGUUUUAAUCUCAUAAUUGUUUCAAGGAUAGAAGCACAUGCAUAUCAUGUAAACACGUGAAGGGGCAUGAAAGAUUGUACAAAUUAUGUAAAGAUCUAAUUGUAAUGGUUAUUGUGCGGUACGCGUCACUGGUUUUUUUGCCUAAUUCUUGCCUAACCUCACACUGUUUUGUAGAUUCAGUCAUUCCAUCUUUUGCACUAUGAAGUCAAUCAGGAUCCAAUAAUAUGAUUGGUGUUUAUCUUCACUGUCCUCUUUUGUCUACUUUUUUUGUCUUGUCUACUUUCUUUCAGAAGAUGUGCACUGCAGUCCGCUCAAUAAAACCUAGUCCAAUCAGUUGGCAGUGCAGGUUGAGGUUGCUCUUUGAAAGACCUACCUACCUCUACCUUCCCUCUUUUAAAGGGUAGACUCACUCCUGUAGGAUUCCUUUUGGUCUUCAAAUAGAAUAUAGGGUAAGACUGAAGUGCUUCACCGUUCGAUUCCGUCUUCAAAUAGAAUAUAGGGUAAGACUGAAGUGCUUCACCGUUCGAUUCCUCAGGCCUUCUGGCCUUCUGCCAAGGGAAAACAUUUAUUGAGAAGGUGACCACAUUGAGAUGCAGCCCCUUUUCAUUUUCGGUAGGAACGAAUUAGCUUUUGAGGGAGGCACCAUGGUUGUAGUCACCCAGACUUAUUUGAACCCACCUUUUGGAUCUAUUAUUUAAGCCCAGUGCCCUUAGACCUAUCAUCAAGCUCUUGGCUGCCUGUGCAGUGCAGUGCAGUUUUUCUCAUCACCAUUCCCUAGACUUAUUGGGAACCUGAAGUGCAAAUAAUUUGAACAUCUCUUAUGCACAUGCCUACUGUUAUAUUUGGUCAAGUACAUUAUUCCAUUGAUAUCCAUAGAGGAAGAAAAAAAAAAAUAAUAAAAAAUCUCAACAGUC